ACAAAAGGACAAAGGACCUUUAAACGGCAUUAUAGUGUAAACAAAGAAAUAAAUUUACCACUACAGCAGCGUAGAAUUGAAGUGAAUCAGUCUUCGAACGGCAAAGCAAGAAAUAAGACACGCUUUAUUGAGGAGAAGGCUCGGACGCAGAGUAGUUGCCCAUUGAGGUAUAACAUCAGCAAGACAAGCGGCGAAUUUGCAAUUUCAUUAUGAAUAAACGCAACAAUAUACGUUUACCUCCUGAGGUCAAUCGCCUUUUGUAUGUACGUAAUUUACCCUACAAAAUUACAUCUGAAGAAAUGUACGAUAUAUUUGGAAAAUUUGGAGCCAUACGACAAAUAAGAGUUGGCAAUACACCUGAGACCCGUGGUACUGCUUUUGUUGUCUAUGAGGAUAUAUUUGAUGCAAAAAAUGCAUGUGACCACUUGUCUGGCUUCAAUGUUUGUAAUCGUUAUCUGGUGGUCUUGUAUUAUCAAUCGAAUAAGGCCUUUAAACGUUUAGAUGUGGACAAGAAACAGGAGGAGUUGAAUAACAUCAAAACUAAAUACAAUCUUAAAACACCGGAACAACCUUAAAAACUUUUCAUACGUUUCUAAGACUAUUUCUUUUCUGAGUUUAUUAUUUUUUUGUCUUAUAAAGUUGUUUCGAUUUUAUACUUUUGCAAACGUUUUUUUUUUGCAAAUUAUCUUAAAAUUA